AUGUCCAUUCGUAAGCAGACACUCUGGGAUGCUGAAAAAGAUCGGUACUCAGGAUUUGUUGAUCUUGGUGAUGAAAUUCAUAAUGAUAAGUCAGCAACACUGGCUUCUGAGGCAUUAGUUUUUCUGUUGGUCGGAACAAGAAGUCAUUGGAAAUGUCCCAUCGGAUACUUUUUAGGAGAUAAAAUCAGCGCCAAAGACCAGGCAAAAUUAGUAUCGAAAUCAUUGGAAAUGGCAGCAAAGGCUGGACUAAAGGUAUGGUCGGUGACAGCGGAUGGCACAGCAGUCAACCUUAGAACAUUUGAAAUUCUCGGUUGUAGUUUUAAUGGCAGUUACGAUGAGAUGACCACUUCAAUUAUUCAUCCAACUACUGGUGAAGAUGUUUUUAUCAUUCUUGACCCCUGCCACAUGCUUAAACUUGCUCGUAAUGCUUUGGCACACCUCGGGACCAUUGUUGAUGGUGAGGGAAAUGUGAUAAGGUGGCACCACAUUGAGGAACUUCAAAAGUUACAAGAAGUGGAAGGACUGAAUCUGGGUAACAAACUUUCCCCAAAUCACCUGAAAUUUCAAAAACACAAAAUGAAUGUUAGACUAGCAGCGCAAACAUUAAGUUCUUCAGUGGCUAAUGCUGUAGAAUUCCUGGACAAAUCAAUGAAGUUGUCCAGUUUUCACGAUAGUCAUGGUACAGUUAUAUUUAUCCGCACAAUCGACCGGUUAUUUGACAUGCUGAAUUCUCGUAACCCAAUCGCUAAAGGUUUCAAGACACCCCUUCAUCCGAAAACCAAGGACACAUGGGAAGAAAUCUUAAUGUCAACAGCAGACUAUCUACUGUCGUUGAAAACAAGUGCACCUACAGGUCAACUACUUUCCACCUCGCAACGUAAAACAUUUGUAAUUGGGUUCGUGGCAUGUAUCAAAUCUACAAUUUCCAUGGCUACACAAAUGUUUAGUUUACCCACCAAUCCUUUCAAGUACUUAUUAACUUACAAAUUCUCACAGGACCACAUCAAACUUCUUUUUUCAUGCAUACGCUCAAGAGGAGGCUGGAAUAACAACCCUAACGUUUUACAGUUCAAGUAUGCAAUUCGAAAGAUGUUGAUGCGAAAUGCCAUUACAGCAUCGAAAUAUGCCAACUGUGUGGAUUUUACAGGAUGUAAUAACAUUAUCCCCAUAUUCCAUACAAGAAAGCACAAAAAGUCAACCACCUACGAAAAUAUUGUGGAAGCCUCUGCCUCCAACAAUGACUCAAGUGACAUAUUUUCUAUGUGUGAACAUUUAAACGAAGAAGGGCAUAGUGAAUUUACCUCGAAUGUUCUGUUUUACAUCGCAGGGUACAUUGUUUCCAAACUUAUGAAAACCCUAGUUUGUCCAGCAUGCAAAAAGAGCCUUCUUCCUCUGCCAAAACAAUUGCCUGCAAACGGACAUGACUAUACUUCAACCAUAUAUCAUGAAGCAGGAAAGGCAUCGUCAUUUACCACAUUUGUCAAUAGGGGUGGUUUGCAGAUCCCAUCAACAUCUGUGUUUCGAACGGUCGAAUACUGCGAGCACGUUUUCAAAGCUACUGUUACGGGUAAAGACGGCAAACAAAUAAGCAACGAGGGAAACCUAAAGAAAAAAAUGAUCGUGAACGUCUUCCAACAUUUCACAUUGGACUCAACAUCUGAGCUGUUCACAGACCAUGAAGAUGAUGACAACGAAAUUCUA